UCUAAGAUUUUCCGCAAUAAGCUGUACUGCUGUUGGUGGGUCCAAAAUUGAUGUCAAUUUGAUCGCUGUGAGCAUUCAGAAUCCUACACAAUCUGGGUACAGGCGAGUUGGCUCCUAACACUGUUCUUCUUAACGGAGGACAUAAAGAGACAUAUUUCCAACUGUUGUUUAAUGCACCAAAGAGUUUAUAUUACUCAACUGUUAAAACAAUUACAUUUAAAAUUGUAGUAGAACACAAUAGAAUAACUAAACUAUUUAGAUAAUAGUUUAUAUUAUGAAAUAGAUAGGUUUUUUUUAUGGCAACUAUUGAUAUCGAUAUUUUGUACGGAGUUAUUUUGAUAGUCGUACAACACUAUGGAUAUCCAUUUUCUUAAUUUUUUUUUACAAUUUUCAUUUUGUUACUUCGAUAAAGUAACAUACAUUUUAAUUCCUAGGUUCCGUUGAUAUAAAGCCUCUGCUAACUCUUAUAACGUAGUGAUUGCACUUACUCUGUGAUUUGUUUUGUUUUGACCUUUGAUCAAAAUCAAAGUUUAUUUACGUUUAAUUUUUUUUAUACCUAAAUAAAAUUUAAAUAAAUAAGGAACUAAGGACCUGUUAAUAAAAUGAAAAUAAUGUUUUACAGCUUGUGUCAACGGAUGAAUUUAAUGAAACGUUUAGUUUUACAAAGUAGAUUACUAAAUUAUAAACAGGGUCAAGAGCCAAUUCCAAAUAUUAGAGAAUAUUUCUACUACAUCGAUCAUCAAGGAAUGUUAUUUUUGGAUGAUUCAAAAAUGAAAAAUUUUACUUCAUGUUACAAAGAAAAGAAAUUUUUGGAAUUUUUCUUCAAGAGAAUUAAAUUAAAUACUACUGGAAGAUAUGAAGUGGAAUUUCCAUUCUUAUCAUUAUGUGGAAGAGAACGGAAUUAUAUACGAUGUGAUGAUGUACCAAUAGUUUAUACUCACUUAAUUAAUAAAAAUGAAAUAGAUUUUUUGACAUAUGGUUAUGCUGGUGAUUUAUUAAAAACACCAUUUAUACCUGAAAAAAUAUACAUGUUACCAAACACAGGCAGAGUCUAUCAUCCUGCAGAUGAUAAAUAUGGAGGAAUUGGACUGAUACGAUCGAAACUUGCUAUAGAACUCAGUAAACAUUUUAGGUUUAACAAUAGUGAUGGUAUAUCACCAACACAUUUUUAUUGGAACAAUAAAACUUAUGAAUUAGAUAAUAGUUGGUUUCAAGAAAAUGUUGAAAAAUUCAAGGUGAAAAUAAGAACAAAUCCUGAUUAAUAUACUUAUAUUUAAAAAUUUAAAGAAGAUAAUAUUAGUUCAAGAUAUUUAUAUUACACAUUAAUCUAUUAUGUUAUAUUUAUUUAUUGAAUGUGUUAUUAUAGGUACUGAUUAAAUAUUAUUAUUUGUAAGAAUAACAAAUAAACUAGAAUGUGAUUGAUGAAAUUUGAUGCCAAAUUAAAGAGAAAAUAUAGACAUGUUAACUUUUCACAUUCUUUUGUUGUAAUUUUAUUUUAUCACAGGUACCUCAUAUGGCAAAUUAACUAAAUAAAGUAUGUUAGAGCAA